UAUUUUCAUAGUAUGUCUUUAUUGUUAAAUACCUGGGAAGCACAGUAGUCACUAAUAACCAUACGCCUUCUGAAGCUGUUAGCACUAUUCUCUCAUUGGCAAAAGCUACGAAACGAAAAAAGAACAGAGUGAAUGUGACUAUCUCACUGUCUGGAAUUAUGGUUACUGAGAAAUCAGGGAGUUUGAUACUAGAUGCCUCCGUUUACAGAAUUUCCAAUUGUGCUACUGAUCCACAGAGGAGAAAUAUAUUUGCGUUCUUUGAAACUAAUCGAAAUGACAUCACACAGUGUCAUGCGUUCCUAUGUGAUAAUAGCAAAGUGGCACAAUCUGCCACUCUGAGGAUAGCACAUCUGUUCAGGACUGCGUUCGAGGUAUGGCACAGGGGUCAUCAACUCACAUUGCAAGAAAAACAGAAUUCAGAAAAGUUGAAAGCUGAUAUCAAAAGUGCACCACUUAUUGAUUUCUCUCCUGAGAUUAAACCAAAUAAUUGGGUAACAUUUGAAACAGAAGACAGAGAAAUUUUUGUUAACAAACCUCAUCAACCACCUUUUAUAAGUAUGGGGAGACCACUGCUCUACUCUACUCCAAGAAGAGGAAGGGGAAUUAACACUGGGCUCUCAGGCAACUCUAGUUCUCCAUGGAGUUGAGACCCAACCUUAUUUUAUUUGUUAGUGUAUAAGAAACUCUGUAUAAUAUUUUAAAAUGUAUAUGACCUGUAUUAUAAAAUAAAAAUAUAUUUUCAAAUUAAAAA